AUGCUUCGCUUCUCCUCUACCUUGUUGACACGCUCUUCUGCUGCCGCCCGCCAAUCCGUUCGUGUUGCUCCUGCUAUUGCACAACGUUUCUAUGCCACCGAACCUCUUCCUACACCUGGUUCCAGCAGCGGUGCCUCCGUCGAUCCCAAAAUCGCCAGCAUUGUUGAUCAGAUCGAGACCCUUACUCUUUUGCAGACCUCCGAGCUUGUGUCCCAACUCAAGACUCGUUUGAACAUUGAGGAUAUUGCUAUGCCUAUGGCUAUGCCUAUGGGUGGUGCCAUGCCUGCUGCUGCUGCUCCCGCUGAAGAGGAAAAGCCUGCUGAGAAGACUGAAUUCAACGUCAAGCUUGAAAAGAUCGAUGCUAGUGCAAAGGCUAAGGUUAUUCGUGAAGUCAAGAACUUGGCUGGUUUAAGUUUAGUGGAUGCCAAAAAGUUUGUCGAAAGCGUGCCAAAGGUCCUCAAGGAAUCUGUACCAAAGGAAGAAGCCGAGAAGCUCAAAAAGACCCUCGAAGCUUUGGGUGCUACUGUUCAGUUGGAGUAA